AAAAGCCUUCCCGCCGGGAUUAGCGACGUCACAGUGCCCGCGGGAGUGUCUUGCCCUCUGCAUCCCCCACUAUGCAACACGCACGCCUCCCCGUGUGCAAGUGCAGAAAAACGCCAGCAUGGAAAAAGAGAAAAGCAAGGGGGAGAUGCGUGCAAUGGCCAACACCCAGUGGUGUGCGUGAGCCUUCCUUUGCAAACAAUUGCUUUGGUUCCACCUGCCGGGCUGGUGUGUGUUGAGAGAGUAUCUGCUUGCUCCCGCGUUGUCAACAAUGCCCAUUUAUUCAAGCAACACAGACGUGGCGGGGUACGAGACCCUCAACACCCGCCGGAAACACAAUCUGUUCAAUCGCCAGGGCGGCUCGGAGAAGAACGACCCGCACCGCUUCGUGGAGGGCAUGAGCUUCAAGGGCAAGCUGAUCGGCGUGCUGGAGGUCUCGGAGGCGCGCGGCGACCGCAUGUGCCAGGACGCGCUGGCCGAGCUCAAGAUGGCCGUCCGCGCCGCCGGGGAGCACAAGCAGCGCAUCCUCAUCAGCGUCGCCAUGGAUGGGAUCCGCCUGCGCGACGAGAGAUCCAGCGACUGCCUUUACCAUCACCCUGUCCACAAGAUCUCAUUCAUUGCCCAAGACAUGACGGACAGCCGGGCCUUCGGCUAUAUUUUUGGUUCGCCCGACGCCGGACACAAGUUCUUCGGCAUCAAGACUGAGAAGGCGGCUAGCCAGGUGGUCAUCGCCAUGCGCGAUCUGUUCCAGGUUGUAUUUGAGCUGAAGAGAAGGAAAUAGAAGGCGCGGUCGCAACUGGAGGGGGUCGGGACAGAGGAGAAUCCAGGGACUCUUCGUUUGGCGCACUGUUCGGCAGCAAUGGGGACAGCGGAAUAGUGAGUGCCAGUCUGACCAGUGGGGCCGGGGGGGCUAUUGCUGACUUGCUAGACCUUCAAAGUGAACUGAGCUCCCUUCAGAAGGGGCUCUCGGAAAUCAGCCAGCAGCGUGCUCAACAGAACCAGAAGGUAUUGCUGGUGUGGCAACGCUGCAGG